AUGGGCCGCUGUUCGAGAACCGGGAGCGCAAGCCUGCUGCUGGUGCUGGCCAUUUGGAGCCAACGGGAAUGCCUUGGCUCCGCUUGGCUCAGCCUCUCGCGCGGCGCCAGCGCCAGCGGCGGCCGUCGCGGCAAGUGCACAACUCUGCGGUGCGAGGGCGGCCGCCCUGCAAAGCCGAUGCUUGACUACCCGCCCCCGCCACCGGCAGCGUCCAUCGUCUGGCCCCGGUACCUGUCCUGGCUGGGCUUCACCGUGGGGGCGCUGCAGGGCCUCCGACGGAAACUCUUCGGCGGAGCCCAGGCUGUUGCCUUAGAUCCUGCGCUGCCUCUGCCGGUGCGCUUGCAGCUCAUCAACUCCCGCAGGGACCUCCGCUCUAAGGCCUCGCUGGCGCCCCGGAGCUUCCGGCAGAUGCUGCGGAACUCGGCGGACACGCUGGAGGAGGUGCCAGCGCUGCUGGUAACGGUGGCGGUGCUGGCGGGCCGGGCUUUGGCGCCCGAGCGGGGCUUGACGGACUUCCGACAGCUCGGGGAGGCGGAGGCACUGCUCUUCACCGCUGGCAAGCUUCAUUUGGGCAUGCAGUUUGGGGAUUCCAGCAAGAUGCGAUUGCUGGGCGGUGACUUUUUUUAUGCUGAGGGCCAGUGGAUGCUGGCGGAGUUGGGCUCUUUGCCAGCGAUUCGACUGACCUCACGGAUGAUCCAAGACGUGUCUGAUGGCUCUUCCAAAGGCGGAGCUGCGCCAGCGGAUCUGGAGGGCGGCAGCGUGGGGGAAUUAGGUGCCAAGGCCGCCUUGCACGCGGCGUACGUCCGCGCGGGCAGCUACUUCAGUGCCGUGGCCAGCGGCGCGGCCUGGAUCAGCGGCGUGGGCAAGCCGGUGGUGAACGCUCUGCGCAUGUAUGGCACCAACCUGGGCGCAGCUUUGCAGUUGGCCCAGUUCCGGGAUGACAUAGCGUCACAGGAUGCAGCGCUGUGGCUGGCGGUCUCGGCCAAGGAGGUGCUGCGGGGCAGUGAAAUGGGCCACCUCCAAGGCUCCAUGGCCUUGCGGGGCCUGAGGCGCCUGGCGCACCGCGUGGAGCGGUCCUGCGGCCAGACCAUCAAGGAGCUGCUCAAAAAGUCCGACGUGAAGAAGCAGAAAGGCCUGACGAUGGAGGACGUGGAGUCUCUGCAGAAGAUGCUGGAAGACCUCUAUGUGCGCCAUGACGAGUCCGGCGGGGGCCGCUUCGAUCUGAAGGGCAUGGGCUUCCGCCGGGACCAGGCUAGCGAGAAGGGCCUCCAGGAGCUUAUCAACGCGGGGCUCAGCUCAGAGCCCUUGCCGGCAAGGCCGAAGAUGGCUUGGCCUGACGGGCCGAAGGAAGCUCUGAAGACGUCCUUCAACUGCGUGGGCAAGGAGCUCGCCAUGGUGAACACGCAGCUGGAGGGCGCUUGGCUCUCGCAGGCGGCCUCCAGCGGACUCGUGCGUGAGGAGGUGAUCCGACUCUUCCAAACAGGUGGCAAACGCCUGCGUCCAGUGCUUACGCUCAUCACAGCCCGCGCCGCCGGCGCCUCCGAGGCCGCCAUGAAAGACGUGGUGAGCCUUGCUGCCGCGGUGGAGGUGCUGCAUUCGGCCUCCUUGGUGCAUGAUGACAUCCUGGACGCGGCGGACACCCGGCGAGGUGAGGCCAGCACGCACAUUCGCCUGGGUGAGCGUGCUGCUGCGCUCGUGGGGGACUUCCUGUUUGCGACCGCCUCGGUGCUGGUUGCGGAGAUUGGAAGCCUGCCCACAGUCCUGCUCAUCUCUAAGGUGGUGGCGGACUUCGGUCGGGGGGAGCUGGCGCAGAGCGCGGUGCGCUUCGAAGCGGUGGAUUACUCCCUGCAGGACUACCUGUCCAAGUCCUUCUACAAGACGGCCUCGCUGCUGGCCGCCGCCUGCCAUGCGGCGGCACUCCUCAGCAGGCCGCAGGACUCGCCGGACGCGGAGCAAUGCCAGAAUUGCUACCGCUUUGGCGCCUAUGUGGGCUUAGCCUUCCAGGUCGUCGAUGACAUCCUGGACUUCGUGUCCACGGAGGAGGAGUUGGGAAAGCCGGCUCUGGCGGAUCUCAAGGAGGGCAACCUCGGAGCGCCAGUGCUUUUUGCGGCCCAGCCGGGGAAUCUCCCGGAGGAGAAGCGACAAGAGUUGCUGCAGGCGAUUGAGCGGCGCUUGGCCAGGGAGGGAGACCUAGACCUGGUGAGGAAGCUAGUGGCGGAGGGCGAGGGAGUAGAGAAGUCGAAGGCCUUGGCGAGGCGCUUCGUGGACCUGGCCACCUUAGAGUUGGACCUGUUGCCGCCAUCAGAGGCACGCGAUGGCAUGAGGGUCUUCGCCGAGUAUGUCAUUACCAAGCCCAAGCCGGCGGUGCUUUCCAACGAGAAGAACGGGGAGAUCUACCUGGCACGCUCUGAGCCCGGCAGCCGGGAUGGCAACAUGCGGCACCCCAUCACGGGCCGCAUGGAGAUUUGGGAGGAUUUCUGGCAGAGCCCAAAGUGCAUCUCACAGUUCUACCAGCCCGGCACCUUGCAGCUCCGUUGCCCUGGCGAGCCUCCGGAGUGGAUGCUGAAGAAGGAUGAUGUCUAG